AUGUUUGAAGUGAAUCAGACAGAAGUGGUGGAAAUUCUGCUGUUGGGUUUUCAGAACUUACAGAGUUUGAAGUCUGUUCUAUUUGUUCUGUUCCUUGUGAUCUACAUCUUGACGUUAUUCGGGAACCUGCUGAUUAUUAUAUUGGUGGCCAAGUUUCCGAGGCUGAAAUCUCCCAUGUAUUUCUUCCUCACUCAGUUAUCGGUGUGCGAUCUCCUUCUGACCACCAAUAUAGCCCCCAACACGCUCUAUGUUAUAAUUAAUGGAGGAAGCACGAUAUCUCUUACUGGCUGCAUCACUCAGUUUUACUUUUUUUGUUUUUCAGAAGCCACAGAAUGUUUCCUUCUCACAAUGAUGUCCUACGACCGGUAUUUGGCCAUUUGCCGCCCGCUGCAUUACACGUCCAUCAUGAGUUUUAGGCUCUGUUUCCAACUCAUUCUACUUUCCUGGGUUUUAGCAUGUAUUAUAACAUUAGUUCUUGCCCCUCAAGUUUCUGCUUUACAGUUCUGUGGGCAUGUCAUUGACCAUUUUUUCUGUGAUUUUCUUCCCCUCCUAGAGCUCUCAUGUACAAAGCAUACACUUGCCGAGCUUACAGAUUUCCUCUUAGGCAUUCCCUUUGUAGCUGCCCCUUUCUUCUUUAUUAUUUUUACAUAUCUUUCUAUUUUUAUCACUAUCCUUGGAAUUUCCUCCAGCGCCGGGAGGCAGAAAGCCUUCUCUACCUGCAGCUCUCACCUGACUGUAGUUUGUGUCUACUACGGGACAUUAAUUAUAGUCUAUCUUGCUCCUUCCCAUGGGGAAUGGUUUAAUGUAAAUAAAGCACUAUCUGUUCUGUAUACAGUUCUAUGCCCAUUUAUAAACCCAGUGAUAUAUAGUCUUAGGAACAAGGAUAUCAGGAUACACUUUAAGAAAUUUGUUUUCAGUAGCCUAAGGAUUUAA